CCACAAUCCACAAUCGCAUCAAUUGCACCAUCAAAUCAACUACCACCAACGCUACACCCACCUCAACAACCAUGCUCAUCGUCCACCACCUCCAACGCUCGCAAUCCGACCGCAUCGUCUGGCUCUGCGAGGAGCUAGGCCUCAACUACGAGCUCCGAACCUAUAAACGCUCUCCCUUUCUCAGUCCGCCUGAGCUUCAAGCCCUCCACCCCACCAAAGCCGCCCCCAUCAUACAAGACGGCGCCAUAACGCUGGGCGAAUCCGGCGCGAUAACCGAAUACAUCCUGACGAAAUACGGAGACGGCCGACUGAGCAUCGCAGCCACGGCGCCCAACUACGCCGACUACCUGUACUUCCUGCACUUCGCGAACGGGUACUUCCAGCCGGCGCUGAUGCGGUACGGGCUGGUGCUGAAGGCGGGGAUCUCGGACGAGGUGCUGAACGCGAAGCUGGCGCGGCGGGGGAUGCAGCAGUCGCUGCAGAUCCUGGAGGACCGGUUGCGCGGGAAUACGUGGCUCGCGGGGGAGGAGUUCACGGCGGCGGAUGUGAUGGUCGUGACGACGUUGACGACCAUGAGGUUGUUCGUGCCGUAUAGCUUGCAGGGGUAUGAGGCGAUUAUGGCGUAUUUGGGGAGGGUGGUGGAGAGGGAGGCGUAUCGGCGGGCGUUGGAGAAGGGGGAUCCGGGGUUGGAGCCGGUGGUGGGUGGUGGAGGUGGGGAGGGAUUGUGUAUAUAA